UAGUGUAUUUUCACCUAUCCGUCAGUACAUUGCAGACCGUCGGCACGGUCGAUAACUAUUAGUGUGGUUUGUACAUGUGACCGAAAAAACCGGAGUGACUUGUGUAAUCAUAAAAAAUUUAGCACAUAUUAAAGAAAUAUAAUAAAACAAAAGAACACAAAAAUUAUAUGUAAGGCGCUUAGAAGAUGCGAGACGACCUACUUUUUGGAUUUCAUGUGAUCUCUUGUAUACAAUUUGCAUUUGCAGUAUAUUAUGAUUAUAUGUACAUUGCAAUACCUCCAAAUCUUAUCAAAAUGCACAUUAAUUUUGGCGGGAAAUUCAAGUUUCUUACUUUCUGGGACGCGAUUAUUCAAGCAAUAUUUUUUUUUAUAUGUAUGUUAAAUGAUUGGUUUGGUACAAAUGCUGUUAGUCCCAAAAAACCACCAUUUAUACGUAAAUUAAAAGAUCACAUACAUGCGAUACUUAGUUUUCCAAUUGCCAUGUUUGUUGGAGUGACAUUCUGGGCUCUAAUGUUUGUGGAUCGUGAAUUGGUGCUUCCAAAAGCUGUAGAUCCUUACUUUCCAUGGUGGUUAAAUCAUUUAAUGCACACUAUGAUCAUGAUUACCAUAUUAGUAGAAACGAUUUUAGUGCCACGUACAUAUCCAAAGAGAUCGAAUGGUCUCCUUGGUAUAAUAAUAUUCUUAUUUAUAUAUUUAGUUUGGAUAUAUAUAAUUUAUUAUAAAAGUGGUGUCUGGGUAUAUCCAGUAUUGGAAGUGCUAUCAUUGCCAUUACGAAUUGUGUUUUUCAGUGCACUAAUUACAUUCAGUAUAGGCUUGUAUUUUAUCGGCGAAAAAGUGGACAACUUGUUUUGGGGUAACGAAUAUAUUAAACAUGAAAAAUCUUAUGCCAAAAAAAAAUAACUUUGCCCAUGGGUGAUAAGGUGUGCUGAUUUCGAUUAUAUAUAAUUAGCCUUCUCUAAGGUGAUGGUGAAUAAAACAAAAAUUAAUUUCUUUUCUCCCAUCAUUUCCCAUUUACCUUAUAUUACGGCAUGCAUACAUAACACGCUAUUAAAUAAAUUUUAAUUAAAAAAAAUAUAAUAAUAUAGUGUGCAUGUACAAAGAGAAUUGCAUUUAUUAUUUUUCAAAAGCAAAAAGCACGAAAAAAACACGAUCGUUAAUAAUUUGAUUACUGAAGAGAGUGAUAUAACUGAAGCAUGUAUAAGUACAUAGAUGUGAUUUUUUUUCUAUAUGUCAUAUAUGAUGAAAGAAAAAGGGCAAACUAAUUGUACACUAUACACAUUUUGGUCUCUGAUAUUCAUGAUACAAAUUAAAAACUGGAAAAAAAUGAAAAAUGAAAAAACACGAAUACAUAUGUAUACACAAUGCAAUUAUUACAUUUUUGUAUCUUCAACAAAUUAUGUUAUGUUCUGACAACAAAGAAAACACUGAUGGCUCUAUUUGUAUCGAGUAUAGGAAAAAAAUACAUAGCAGAAGCUAUCGGACCGGAUUUCAAAGCAUAAUGAAGUUCAUGUUGGAGAAUCGAGCAAGAGGAAAAUACUUUUGUGAAACUGAUUAAACCGAAAAAUGAUGAAUAUACAUAUAUGUUCAUGAUUUGAUGUCGUCAUAGGAUCUCAUACUAAAAAGAAGUGAUUGAAAAUUCCAUAUUCACACUACGAAAUUGAGUUGCAAUAUUUUUUAUUUCACAAAUAAAAAUAACAUAGAUUCUAAAUAUAAUACAAGACAUAUAUACAUUUUGUUAAUAUUUUCUGUUAUGCUUUUAGAUUAGAGAUGAAUUAAAAAUAAAAAU